AUGCGCGGUGUGUUUUUGACGAAGUCCGUCUGGCACGUCGUUAACCGUGAAGUGACUCCGACUUUCACCGACCCGCGAGCGUCCGAUGACUACGUCAAGGCAAGCAACGUCGCGUUUGGUAUGGUGCUGCUGCACAUGAACGCGGACUACCAUCAUGUGCUGGACAACUGCGAGGAAGCCUGGGUUGCGUGGACAAGUCUGAAGACGCUGUACGGUGGGUCGCAGAAGGCAGGACGCAUCUACCUCAAGCGACAACUUUUCAGUAUCAAGAUGGCUGAAGGCGCGAACGUCAUGCAUCACUGCAACGAGGUCCUCAACAUCUCCGCCAAGCUUAGCGGCAUCGGUGCGAAGAUGGAAGACGAAGACGUUGCAAUUUGUCUGCUACUCAGUCUUCCGAAGAGCUACGAAAAUGUGGUGCUCAACAUGGAAAUGAGCAGCACCGAGCUUCGCACUCAAGAUGUGGUGAGAGUCCUGACGAAUGAGCAUGCCAAGCGUCAAGGAGAAAAAUGGACAACGACAGCGACUACGGUGAAAGCUGAAGAUGCAACCAAGGCAUUCGUCACCGAGCGUGAGCCUUACCAAUGCACGUAUUGUGGCAAGGUAGGGCACACGAUGGACCGCUGUUGGACGAAGCAGAAGAAGGAAGGCCGAGGAGCCCGACGCGGCGGCAAUGGUUGCGGACGUGGGGCUAAUAAGGUCCAGUGGGGACAUCAUGAUGAAGGCGAUGGCUACGAUCGAGUGGCGUUUGCAGUCUCGUUCGAAUGUGGAGUUUCGACGAGCAAGGACGUGUCUGGAAUGUGGGCCGUCGACAGUGGUGCAACGCACCACAUUUGCCACGACAAGACCAAGUUCGCAAGUUUGGCAGAGCGCAAUGAGGGCGAACUCUUGGUGGCUGAUGGCAACAAGGUGGCCAUCAAGGGUGUGGGAACCAUCAUGGAAAAGGUGGUUCUGCCCAACGGUGAAGAGCGUGAGAUCGAAAUCAAGAACGCGCUAUAUGUUCCAAGUAUGAGCAAGAACCUGCUCUCGGUGCCACAGAUUAACAGCCAUGGCAACUUUCAACUCGUGUUUGACGGGUCCAAGAUGUAUGUGACUCUCAAGAACUCACAGCAAGUGGUGGCGACAGCGGAUCUCGUGGAUGGACUCUACUGGCUUCGGACGACUCAACGAUCAGCGAAUGUGACAACAAGUGGAACCAGUUGUGCCGAUCUACAUGCGAGAAUGGGUCAUGCUCCAGUCGAUGUACUUCGCAAGAUGAUCGCGACCAACAUGAUCAAGGAUGUGCGAGUCCCUCUCAAGUCGGGUGGAGCAACUACAUGUCGAGUAUGUCAACAAGGGAAAAUGGUCCAAAAACCAUUUCCAAGCAACCGAGACAAGCGCAGCUUGCUGACGGUCAUCGGUUUUUACCAGUAUUGGUAA